UCUUGUACAAUACUAUGCCGUCGUUAGCAAGUUCGCGUGGCUGCCAAGUGGUGGCGCUUUUUCGUCAUUCUUCAAUUGUUUGUGUUUUUACCCGGUGGCCGAAAACAACAGCUGCCAUGGGUAAGAAGAGCAAGAGUCCCCGCUAUGAGAUGGCCGUCGGCCUGAACAAGGGCCACAAGACCACCAAGAUCGUCUGGGGCAGGACAAAGACAACUGAUAAGAAAAUCCGAGUCAGACCCUCCAGCCUGAAAGGCCGUCAGACGAAACACACAAAAUUCUGCCGCGAACUCAUCAGGGAGGUCUGCGGACAUGCUCCUUAUGAGAAGCGCGCUAUGGAAUUGCUGAAGGUUUCCAAGGACAAGAGGGCUCUUAAAUUCCUGAAGAGGAGGUUGGGCACACACACCCGCGGAAAGAGGAAGCGUGAAGAGCUGAGCAAUAUUCUCACCCAGAUGAGGAAGGCUGCCCACAAGUAAACCUAAUGUAUCAAACUACAUUUUCCAACAAAUUUAAAAAUUAAACUGUUCAUUCUGCAAAA